CUGCCGCCGCCAUGGGCCAGAACGACCUGAUGGGCACGGCCGAGGACUUCGCCGACCAGUUCCUGCGAGUCACCAAGCAGUACCUGCCUCAUGUGGCCCGCCUCUGCCUGAUUAGCACCUUCCUAGAGGAUGGCAUCCGCAUGUGGUUCCAGUGGAGUGAGCAGCGGGACUAUAUUGACACCACCUGGAGCUGUGGCUAUCUGUUGGCCUCAUCCUUCGUGUUCCUCAACUUGCUGGGACAGCUGACUGGCUGUGUUUUGGUGCUGAGCAGGAACUUCGUGCAGUAUGCCUGCUUUGGGCUGUUUGGAAUCAUCGCACUGCAGACAAUUGCCUACAGCAUUUUAUGGGACUUGAAGUUUCUGAUGAGGAACCUGGCUUUAGGAGGAGGUUUGCUGCUACUCUUGGCAGAGUCCCGCUCGGAAGGGAAGAGCAUGUUCGCUGGUGUUCCCACCAUGCGCGAGAGCUCCCCCAAGCAGUACAUGCAGCUUGGAGGAAGGGUCCUGCUGGUCUUGAUGUUCAUGACUCUUCUUCACUUUGAUGCCAGCUUCUUUUCUAUUAUCCAGAACAUUGUGGGUACAGCUCUGAUGAUCUUAGUAGCCAUUGGUUUUAAGACCAAGCUGGCAGCUCUGACUCUUGUCGUCUGGCUGUUUGCCAUCAACGUGUAUUUCAAUGCCUUCUGGACAAUCCCGGUCUAUAAACCCAUGCAUGACUUCCUGAAAUACGACUUCUUCCAGACCAUGUCAGUGAUUGGAGGCCUGCUCCUGGUGGUCGCUCUUGGCCCAGGGGGUGUCUCCAUGGAUGAGAAGAAGAAAGAGUGGUAACAGACAGAUCCCUCCCCUCCCUGGCUGAGGCACAAGGCCCUGGACUGAUUCAGGGCAGAGUCAACAAACUGCCAGCGUUUAUGUGUCCUCCUCCCUUCCCCUCCCUUGGUAAAGGCACAGAUGUUUUGAGAACUUUAUUUGCAGACACCUGAAAAUUGAAGGUAAAAUCUUCUUUGGAAACAGUCUGGAGUCUGACUGUCCAGAGCUAGCCAGCUGGACGGUCAUUCCUUAACCAAGGCUGGGAGUAGACAGUGUGGUGGGCUAUGGCCUCAGUCCUCCUGUCUUUGAGCUCCUUUUUGGGGGUGAGGGACUUCAAGUUGUAUUGAGCUGUACUUUAUCAUUCAAAGCAGUUGCCCUUUUUUAGUUUUAAGUUUACAUCCUUA